UUAAACCCUCUCUCUCCCUUUUUAAGGUCACGAGACCGGCUUCCUUCUUCUAUUUCCACACGGAGAGAGAGAGAGAGAGAGAGAGAGAGAGAGGGUUUGUGGCAGAUAAACUGAUAGACGACUUUGAAACCCCUCUCCUUUAUAAUUUUCCCCCCUCUCUUGUUCUUCUAUAUAUUUUCUAUCUUCUUAAUUUUGUGUUGCAGUCUCGAACUGAAAGUCUUGUAAUAAAUUCAAUAAAGUUUUUUGAGAGAGGUUUGAUCUCUCCCACGGGCAAAUUCUCUUGUUUACAAUGAGAAAUGAAGAGAACCAUUUAGACCUCAACAACUUGCCUGAUGAUUUCUCUAGAGAUGGAAUUAGACAAACCUUCGAAGAGGGUUCUUCAUCUGGUCAAAGAAAGAAGAAAUUAGGAGGCAAGGAUGGAAAAGAUGAGAGUAAGAUCUACAAGUGCCGGUUCUGUAAUCUCAAAUUCUGCAAAUCUCAAGCUCUUGGAGGACACAUGAAUCGCCACCGACAAGAGAGGGAGACGGAGACAUUGAACCAAGCUCGUCAAUUGGUGUACCGAAAUGAUACCAUAACUCCACCAGGAAUUUCUCCUUUCGGUUUUCCAACGGCAGACCCAUCACUAUACAGAACAAUUUACUCACCAAGACUGUUUCCCGGCGGCUCCUCCACCACUUUCCUCCCGCCGCCGCCUCCAUAUCCAAACUCUUCACCUACGCGCACUCCUCCUCCUCCUCCUCCUCCUCCUCACCCUUCAAUCCAAUAUUCACAUCACCAUCCCAUGAAUGAAUUCUACUUAGGCCAAGUCUUUAGACAAAACCCUAGCCAACCCACCGUUCAUUACAUCACCUCGGAACCUAGUGCUUACAGCACCUGUAUUGGAACAUCUGUCGGAAACGGAGGUUCGACCGUGAUUGGUAAUGAUGGCAAUGGUUCGAGGCUGCGUUUGGAUCCAUCUCCUCCUCCUCCUCCACCGAUCAAUCGGUUUCGAGAACAUGAAGCACUCUGAUCAUAAAAUAUUUACGUGUUUUUUGGGAAUUUGGAACUAGUUUUUGUUAUUUUACUGUUCUUUCUCUUGUUGGAUCGUCUUGAAAGCAGGGAAUUUAAGUGUGCCUAAACUCCACUAUUCCUCCCUAUGUUGUUAUUGUUAUAUGGCCCAUCAGUUUGUUGUUUUUUGGUCACAUGUAGGGUCGAAAUAAACAAAGGGUAUCAAAAAUUUAAAUUAGGAUCCGGGGCUGUACCCUUUUUU